AUGGUCGACUUUUUUGCCGUGUACUUGGUGAUCAUGUUGGGCGUUGCUACUGUAAAGGCUGUUCCAUCACCUAAUAAGUCGAAUAAAAGCCUUCUUUGCAUGGUUGGCUCUCAACGGUGUGUAGCCGACUCCCAAUCUGACACAAAAGCACUCUUUGAAACAUGUGUCCAGGAAAAAGCAGACUCUAUUCUUGCCGGCUUAAAAAGCCUUUACGACGGUGCGUCAGCCAACCUCACUGGUCUCCAGAGAGAGAAGGAGAAGCUGCUGGAAGAGAAGAAUAUUCUCAUCCGCUCUUACUCCUCUAGUGACGAGGAAACUCGAGAAAUCUCACCUGUUUCUGAUGGUUCACUCAAGCAGCAAGAAAUUGACAGUACUAUUGAAAAGACAAAAAAGUAUCUCUUCAGAACUGAAAGAUGGGGAUGUGUUACAAUCAUCAAAAAGAGAACAGCCAUUACUUUUGCUCACAAUGAACAUCGCACUUUGGAGGUUGGAAACAUUAUCAAAACUUUCUCUAUUGAAAAAGAUUCUCAAUACGAUUUAAAGGUCCGUAAAGUCAAUAUCGAAAGUGACUGGGUUCUAUUGGAAGCAGACGUUGAUUUGUGCGAGGAGGGGCCAAUUUAG